GCCGACCUUGGGGUACAGCCCGCGCCCGGCCCACACGCGCUUUUCCGCCCCGGCGCGGGGCCGUGAAGGGAGGCGGUCCGGGGUGGGUUGGGAGUGGGCGGCAGCGCCGGGGCCGCGUUGGCGCGGCGGUACCCGGGCGCUCCUUCGAUAAGGGGCGUGCUUGGCUGUGAGAGACCCAGCUUCCUAGCCUGAGUCACGCAGCUGUCUAGGAUGGAGCCCGAAGCCCGGAAGACUCCCGUGCCCCCAGGACCUUCAGCCCUCUGCACCUCAAGCUGCCUUGCGACACACCUGUUCUCCAGAAAAGAACAGGUACUAGAACCCCCACACACAGCUGGGAAACGUGGAUGGACUGAGUGGGCCGCGGUGGAACAAGUAGGGGGCCUCACUUUACCAAACGACUCAGGACAUGUCCAGCCAAAUAGGCAACCGUGGCUAAAAGGAAGGUGGGAGUGGGAGAGAUGCUUCAAAGCCUUAUUAAAAAUGUUUGGAUCCCCAUGAAGCCCUACUAUACCCAGGUUUACCAGGAGAUUUGGGUAGGAAUGGGUUUGAUGAGCUUCAUCGUCUAUAAAAUCAGGAGUGCUGAUAAAAGAAGCAAAGCUUUGAAAGCUUCGAGUCCUGCGCCUGCUCAUGGUCAUCAUUAACCAGACCUCCUUGGAGAACGCAUCAGAUGGGACGUCACCCUGGCUGAAAAUGUCAGCAGGCUGCUAGAUGGGGGCACGCGCGGCUGCCGUGCACGGGCAGAAGUGCUGCUCCCUUGUGGCAUGAAUAAACACGCCUGUGACACGC